GAAGCAGGGUCAUCUGAAGCUGCAAGUUUGGAGAAAGAACGAGGCAGCCGAGUUGCUCUCCUCCUGUCUGCAGCGAUGAUCAACGUGGAGAUGGUUGUCGUCUUCGUCGUCCUCUGGGUGUGUGUUUGGUCGCAGGAGCCCAGCAAAGUGGUGGCCGACCGGUACGCCGUCUACUGGAACAGCAGCAACCCGAGGUUUCUGAAAGGUGAUUUUCACAUUGAAGUAUGCAUCAAUGAUUACCUAGAUGUAUUCUGCCCUCAUUAUGCUGGCUCUGUACCCGAAGACAAGACUGAGCGAUAUGUUCUCUACAUGGUGAAUUAUGAUGGCUACAUUUCGUGCGAUCACACCUCCAAAGGGUUCAAGAGAUGGGAGUGUAACAGGCCUUACGCAUCUAAUGGUCCUUUAAAAUUCUCUGAAAAGUUUCAGCUGUUUACUCCAUUUUCAUUAGGAUUUGAAUUCAGGCCUGGCCGAGAAUAUUACUACAUCUAUGACACCAUACAUGAAGCUGAGCCAUCGCGUGGUGAGAACAACGCUCAAGUACCCAGGAUAUCCCCGCUACUUUUGGCGACUGUACUGAUCCUUAUCAUGGCACUUUCAACAUUGUAGUGCUCAAAAAUCCAAGGAACCUCUGACACAGCAUGGCUGGAUCAGGAAACAACACAGAUUCUGUAACUGCACUGUUGAGGAGGGGGAGCAUUCAGUUUAUUCCAGACACGAGAUUUAUUUUCUGUGAGGAGAGUAGGGAGUGAUUGGAGAGGGAAGAUGAAUCCAAACUGAUAAGCCCCCAAAAAUGCCAAAUUAUAUUUUGAGACUAAUGAUUCUUAUUUUCCUGUACAUUUUGUCUUUCAAAAUACCCCUAGGUGGUUUAGCUGUUGUCAUCCAAGUAUGGAUGAGUAACAGUAGUGGCAGAUAACAGUCACUGAAGAAUAAGAAUAUUGAGCAGAAGCCCAAGAGGGUUUAUUCCUCCAUGCAAUAUUUAUACCUUCUCACUCAAUACUGUAAGAUGAUCAUGCAAAACAUUGAGUCACCGCAUCAGGACUUGAGGGGUGAUAUUCUGAAUAGAUAUAACCCCAUCCCUCUCAGGAGUUAUAAUUCAACAUGUGUCUGAAGAGACACUGCUCAUGCAGUUGCUAACAUUGUCUGUAAUAGUUUGUAUUUUUGACACAUUUCCUGUUUCAUGAGCCCUUGUUCGGGUUCAGUAUUUUUGUAGGAGAUGUGUGUAGAAAGGAUAACCUUUGAAGAAAUUGGGAAGCAAUACAGAACCGAAGGGUGGUGCAGUUAGCAAUAGGCCACUACUAUUCCACAGAACUACUUGAGAAAUACAAAUAUUAAAGGAUAAAAUAAUAGGUUAGAAUGCUGAUGUCAUUUGUAAUAGGGAUAAUUUUCAUGUGAAUACGGAUGGAUAUUGGGCAUAACUGAUAAUUUUGCAGUUUAUUUUAUCACUAUGUUCUAUAAUUGAAAAACUAACGAACCGAGAAUGUAAAAAUACUGCAUUUUCUCCUGAUAAACUGGAUUACAAUCCAACUGUAUUAAUGAUGUAACCAUUGAAUUAUUUUGUUCUGAGCAGCUGUAGACUACAGUUCAGUAUUGGAUGUUAUUAAUUUCUGGCAGUUUAAUCUGUUCCACAGUGACUAUUGCCAAUACAUUUUAGUCAAGAAUGGAUUCUAUAUUAAAUAAUUACUAUUACACUGCUGGAGAAUUAUAACAAGAACUGGUUUCCCCUACUAUAAUGGAGGACAUUUAAGACCAACCACUUUCUUGCUUCUUUGUUUUUGGUUGCCUUUUUUAAGCAGGGAAAUAAGGAUCAAUCUGUUCAGUGGAUACUAUGUAUCCUGUAAUAGUCUAUAACAUUAGUGUUAGCUUAGUACAUUGGUUUGUACCUUCUUCGAGGGCAAAAGGAAAAAAAAAAUUGUUUAAAUUCUGUAUUAUUAGCAACCUAUGUUGUAAAUAGUGUUUGAUAAAGUAUUAAUUCCAAUUCUUACAUCUUUUAUAAUUGAAUACAAUACAACUUCUGGAUUUGACUGAGCAGGUUAAGCAAAAAUCUAUGUUGGAAUGGAUGAUGAAUUGCUACAGUGCUGCGAGCUGCUUUAGUGAAUAGUGCAAAAGCUGCAAGAACAGGAACGGGUGCAGCUUGCAAAUUGCUUGUUAUGUAUGAGGAGAGUGAAGCAAAAAGACUUAACAUUCAAUGUAUUGGUCCUAAAUGUUUGAGACAAUGUAGAAUUCUGGUCACAAAACCCUUUGUGACGAGGCCUGGUGAUUCUGAAAGUUGAUCGGUUUGUGUUCCUGGUUUUCUUUCUCUCCCAGCGAUGAAGUGAAUGUUUUAUGGGAAGAUCUUGCCAUUAUCAUUGUAGCAUGCAUAUGGACUGGAGUUUAAAAAAAGACGUUUGUCAGUAUAGUUUUGUAAAUUUCGUCUACUGUUCCUUUUCCCCGCUUUGUGUGGAAGCAGUUCAUGACAAGGCCCAAAAUAGGGGUGUAUUUUACCUAUCAACCACAACCACACUUCACUGACCCACCUUGCAAAGUGGACUGGAAAUGGUUCUAUAAAUUUUAGAAGCAUAGAAAUUAAUCCACUCCCCCUUUAUUCACUCCACGUAGAUCAGCUGUUCCCUGCUUUCAUCCGAGCCUUCAUUGAGCGGUGAAUGGGUAAAUCUGUUCUAUUUGGCAACUUCAAGUUUUUCCCAUGCAUUAGCCCCCAAACUGCUCUGAUGCGAGACGAAUCUUCUUACAAUAGCGUUGCUGCCAUUGUCUGUACAGUUUAAUAAAUGCUGGCAUGCUGAAGGUUACUCAUGGAGUCUGCUAAAUCUAUUUUAGAUGCUUACUCUUGACAAUCUGUUAGAACCACUCAUUGUGUGUGCGUCUGGAUAGUAGAGUCCAGUUCAUUGUUGUCCUGUGCCUGUACUGCCCUGCUCAAGAACCGCUUGAAAAGCAGAUUCUUUGCACUUAUUGGCGAGUGCAUUUUGACUUGCUUAUGAGGGGAAAAUAAACAAACCUGUGGCCUGCUGCCAUGUGGAAACUCUCUAUACAUCUGUUUUGUACAUACACGUGUCUGAGCAACUAUACAUAAAUAAAACUGAAGGUGUUCAUUAUAAAUAGUAUGGAUGUUCAAUGUCUUUGGCUAUUAAACGUUUGAAAAUAUGUUUUAAAGAGCAUACUGCGUCUUUUUCUUGACACUGUAUUUGAAUUUAUAAAUUUUAUACUUAUUACGAGAUCUCGUGGAACUAUUCCAUUCCUGUGCUGUACAAAGGAAAUCUGAACUCAAAAUGUGACAUUUUUGCAGCUAAUUGGGUUUUAUCUACACUAAACAACCAGAGCACAAUAUAACACAAAAUGGUCAUAUAUACAGUUGGAAUAUAGCUGGUUAUACAAUUUAAUGAGCCUGUAUUUAAA